CGCCCCUUGCCCUUCGCCCUUUGGAGCCCCGCUAUCGACGACAGCCCUACAUUCUUCACCCGUAGUAGAUGUCUCGUUUCAGCUUUCAGCCUCACCCACAAGCAGACAAGUGUUUAAGUAAAAGAAAGUUCUAUUUCCGGCCGGGUUGAGGAACAGCUGAAUGCUACCGCUAUUGAGGUUAUUGAGCGUCAUUUGGUACCUCGUCCAAGAAUUCGAAGAGAAAAACCAUCGAGUAUAAAAGUGCUCGGUCCGAAUUCGAUCUUAGACAGCGCUUCAGCCUCCGAGCCUGCUGAACACGAAAUCUGGAAAUGGUGGACAGGGCUGAGCUUGAAGGAUAUUUAUGAAAACUCUCAUAACCGCCUUCCCAAGAAACUCCAAGUUUUCUCACUUAUGGAGCAUCUUCCCAUUGAACUUCGUCGAGCCGUUAUUCGACACGCCGACAUUCCGUCCCUCAAAUCUCUAAGACUCACGUCUAAAGCCUGGGCAGAUCUUGGGGAGGAAUAUUUAAUCUCGUCGGUCUUCACUUCACUACCACACUGCCCCGAUAUCCCUCGACUUCAGGCUCUCUCGCAACAUCCAAGUUUCAAGCAUAGGGUUCGAAGUCUAAUUCUCAAUCACGGAGAACUUAAUGAAUAUCAUGCUCGUCACAACACCUACUUCUUGCAGUACAUGCGAGAACCGGAGUCCCGUCUGGAGGCGCAAACCUCUGCUUGGGGCAUUUACGCUCAGCUCAAAGAAGACAAGGAGCGUUACCUUCCAACAUCAUGUGAAACAAAUACACUCACAACAAUCUUCGGCAGGCUACCGAAUCUAAGGAGUAUCGAAGUAACGCUUACAACCUGUCCCUUCGAAGAGGAGAGGCACCCCGAACUCCUGAAGGAUAUCUGGCGAAUCCCCUCGAGCCGUCUCCUUCCUCGGGUUGCGACUACAGAACGCUUUACCAAUGUUCUCACAGCCAUAUCCUCGAACGUCUCGACCAUCCGCAUCAAGAAUCUCUCCCACGACCGCUUACCCUUCGAAUUCUUCGCCCAGAAGGCAAUCGUGAACUCCCUUCUCUCAACAGCCUUCCAAUCUCUCACGACGUUGAAGUUGGCUAUUGAUUACAGCGACAUGCCAAAUAACCUGCAUUCUCCUCAGGCAUUCCAAAACCUAUCUCACUGUCUCCGAGCUGCUGCGUCACUUCAGCGUCUAGAUUUUGCAUUCGAGGGAAGGAAGAAAAUCGACAUCUCACCACUCUUAUCCUUGUUCAGGGAAGCGGGCCAUCGAUUCUCGAGUCUGGUAGAACUGACAUUAAAGGGGAUCGUCAGCACGGAGAUGGAGCUGGGGGAUUUUCUCACGGCGCAGGAGAGCUUGAAGAUCUUGCAACUUGGUGGACUAGGCGUCAGAGCGCCACACCAACCUUCGAAUGGAGGGUUGCAUUUAAAAGAAGGCAGCUUCAGGGGACUCUUUGGUCGGCUAAGGACUGAGCUGGAUUUAAAAGAGCUUAGGAUCCAAGGAGAUCUAGUGGCGGUAGAGAGCGGGGAACGUUGGGUCUUGGACCAUGCUGAACUUGAGGAGAGACUGCGGGAGUAUGUCAUAGAUUAAUUUUCAAUCGUUCUUUUCUUCUUUCCGUUAAGUAUCAUCAGAUAGUUCGGCUUCAAUCCCAAAUCGAAGGAACUCUCCAACGGGAUCCAAUUGAAAUAGUCCACGUUGACUUGGAAGAUGGAGAAUUUGGGAUGCCUUUUCUGGCCACCACGAGACAUGACACAUUAAAUGUGGGAAUCUAAAAUUCAU